AUGAUGGAGCUGGAGCUCAGUAACAGAAGCGAACUGGGAGCUGUUGGGGACUCUCUGCAGCCACAAACACCCAGCAGACACGAAAAGAGCCUAGGACUGCUCACUACCAAGUUUGUUACUCUACUACAGGAGGCCAAAGACGGAGUGCUAGAUCUGAAAGCGGCAACGGACACAUUGGCUGUGCGGCAAAAGCGUCGUAUCUACGACAUAACUAAUGUCCUGGAAGGAAUUGGGCUGAUAGAGAAGAAAUCCAAGAACAGCAUUCAGUGGAAAGGGGUCGGUCCUGGGUGCAACACGAGGGAGAUUGCAGAUAAACUAAUAGACCUUAAAGCAGAACUGGAUGAUCUGGCUCUGAGGGAACAUGAGCUGGACCAGCAGAGAGUUUGGGUUCAACAGAGCAUCAAGAAUGUCACAGAUGACUCUAAUAACAGUCCCAUGGCUUAUGUAAAGCAUGAGGAUCUUUGUGGAGUUUUCAAAGGUGACACACUUCUUGCUAUACGUGCUCCAAUUGGUACACAACUAGAAGUGCCCAUCCCAGAAAGUGUGGUAAAUGGACAAAGGAAAUACCAGAUUAGGCUCAAGAGUUCGUCUGGCCCUAUAGAAGUCUUGUUGGUCAAUAAGGACCCGUCCAGUGCCUCUCCUGUUGUUUUGCCUGUUCCUCCUCCAGAUGAUGUCCUUCAGAGUCUUCCAGCCCCCACUGCUGCUUCUCAGACGGCGGUCACACAUUCAACCAAAUCUGGUUCCACUCCUACAUCAGUCACUUCAACCAUUGUCCCAACCAAAACAGAACCAACGACUACCACUCUCCUCAUGUCCACGACAGAGACACCUGCAGUUAGUCAGCAACUUCAGUCGUCUGCUUCUUUGGACAGUUCAUCAUCGUCGGCCUCUGCAGUAUUUGAGCCUAUAAAGUCUGAUCCUUCUGAGUUGUUGGACUUUCCCAAAGAGCUUUCUGAGAUGUUUGAUCCCACAAAAGAGAUUAUGGGGGGAGAUUUGUUAGAAGACCUAAUGUCGUCUGAAGUGUUCUCGCCUCUCCUGCGACUGUCCCCUCCACCCAGUGACCAUGACUAUAUUUAUAACCUGGAUGAGACAGAAGACAAAAGGCAGCGCCAAUGUGCACAGUGGUUCCCACAGGAGAGUAGUCCUCGGCUUGUCUUCUUGUACCAGUACCUGGUGGAGUCAAUAGGUGCCAAAAUGCCACAACAGAAGGAUAUUGUCAAAAUCGCCAUCCAGAUGCCAGGGGCCUAUCCUCAGCUCAUUCAACUGGACCAGAAAAAGCCUCUGUCUGCAGUCAUAAAGGAAGUUAGUGAUGGGUGGAACCUCCCAGGUCCAGACAACUACGCUUUGCAAUAUGCCGAUGGGGUGCAGACCUAUAUUACUGAAUCAAAUCGCCUUGACAUCAAGAACGGCUGCAUCCUGCGUCUGACCAAAGCUCCGGGGCGUUGUGCAGAAGACUUGUUCAAAGGCAUCCAGAGCUCAGAUUCCGGCGUGCGUUGUGAUUCGCUGAAGGAGCUGGCCAACGUGUCCACAGAUGUGACUUUUGCACAGGAGUUCAUAAGCAGAGACGGACACCUGCUAUUGGUCAAGAUAGUGGAGGAUUCUCAUGAGAGCGCUGUUAUUAUGACACACACGCUCACUGCCUUCAUGGAAUUGAUGGAUCAUGGGAUUGUCUCGUGGGAGAACCUCUCAAAUAUCUUCAUCAAAAAGAUCGCGAGCUUUGUCAACGGGAAGUCCAACGAUGCGUCUAUCCAGCAGGUUUCUCUGGACAUCCUGGAGAGCAUGGUCCAGAGCAGUCACAGCUUGUUUAUGCAGGUUAAAAAUGAAGUAACCAUGGAGAGGCUAAUAGCACACCUCCAAGUGACAAACCAGCUGAUACAGACCAAAGCCAUGGCUCUGCUUAUGGCUUUGCUGCAGACGGCUGGAGACUCGGACAGAGAGGACAUGUUUGAGUUUCUGAAUAAAAAAAACAUGAGGCAGUAUAUCUACAAGAACAUUAUCCAUAGUUCGGGUUCAGUCCAGGAUGAGAUGGCUCAUUACCUUUACGUGCUUCAAUCCGUGACAUUAAAUCAUUUAGAGCCACGGAUGAGGACGCCGCUGGACAGUUACAACCAGGAACAAAGAGACAUCCUCCAUCGCUUACGACAAGCCGCUUUUGAGACUGAACCGGAAAACAAUUUGAGCCAUGAAAGGCGACGCUCACUGUGUGCGAAGGAGUUCAAGAAAUUAGGUUUUUCGAACAAUAGUAAUCCUGGUCAAGACUUGGUCAGGACUCCCCCCGGGCUGUUGGCGCUGGACACCAUGUUUUAUUUUGCCACACGGUAUCCAGACGCCUACAGCAGAUUUGUGCUAGAAAACAGCAGCAGAGAAGACAAACAUGAGUGUCCGUUUGCCAGGAGCAGCAUCCAGCUCACGUUGAUCCUGUGUGAAAUCCUUUGUAUUGGAGAAACUCCCUCGGAGACAAGGUCCAGUUAUCACCCGAUCUUCUUCAGUCAGGACAGACUCCUGGAGGAGCUCUUCUGUGUUUGUAUUCAGCUUCUCAACAAGACGUGGAAGGAGAUGAGAGCCACACAGGAGGACUUUGACAAGGUGAUGCAAGUGGUGAGGGAGCAGAUCACACGGACACUUUCCAGUAAGCCCACGUCUCUGGAGCUCUUUAAAAACAAAGUGAAUGCUCUGAACUACAGCGAGAUCCUCAAACUACGACAGACAGAGCGAUUGCAUCAGGAGGAAACGCUGGCUCCCCCUGUGCUCGAGCUUAAGGAGCGACUGAAGCCGGAGCUGUUGGACCUGAUACGCCAGCAGAGACUAAACCGGCUCUGUCAGGGGACCAUGUUCAGAAAGAUUAGCAGCAGGCGGAGACAAGACAAACUAUGGUACUGCCGCCUAUCGCCCAAUCACAAAAUGCUUCACUACGGUGAUGUGGAGGACGACACUGACAUGCCACCAAUCGAAACACUACAGAAGAAAAUUCCAGUAGCCGAUAUAAAGGGUUUGCUGACAGGAAAAGACUGCCCUCAUAUGAAAGAUACCAAAGGAAAACAAACUAAGGAAGUGCUGGACCUGGCCUUUAGCAUCACCUAUGAUGUUGAAGACAGCCUCAACUUCAUUGCUCCAUCUAGAACUGACUUCUGCCUGUGGACAGAUGGCCUGAGCGUUCUUCUUGGCCGAGACAUGAGCAGUGAGUCCAUGCGCAGCGAGCUGGAGAUCCUCUUGUCCAUGGAGAUCAAGCUGCGGCUCUUGGACCUGGAAAACGUUCAGAUUCCGGAAAGCGCACCUGCCGUUCCCAAACCGCCGAGUAACUACAACUUCUGCUACGACUUCAGCCAAACUGAGCAGUAG